CCCCCACUAUAAAUUCUCCACUUUAGUUUCUUUCACAUUUAACAGAUAUUCAGAACAAAAAAAAGAAAAAAGAAAAAAAGAAAUGGCGAAGCAUAUUAUCACCUUCUUCACCGUAGCUCUCCUCCUCAACCUUCAACUCACAACCUUCGCUGCUCGUCCAGUCCCUGCUGCUUUUACCAACAACACUCUCAAAAUCCAACACCAAGACAUAGAAGCAAAGAUCGCUGCAGCGGAGGAAGGCGGGAGCUGCCAAGGAGUAGAGAAGGAGGAGUGCCUGAUGAGGAGGACGCUGGCGGCUCAUUUGGAUUAUAUAUACACCCAGAAGCACAAGCCUUGAACUCGUGUAACCAAUUAAAAUUAUAACUCUUUCUUCUUUUUUUUUUUUUUUUUUUGUUUUGUUUUGUUGUUGUUGUGAAAAGCCAUGCAAUAAUAAAGCAUCUAUAUGUUCAUACUAAAUAAUAGCAAUCUUAUCUGCAGAUUUCCCAUAUUUCAUUAACUCAAUCUU